CUGGGACAAUAGUGAGUGGUGCACACUUCCUUCGCCCGGCCACAGAAGACAAAAAAGAGUUGCUGGUGUAACAAUAGGAAGAAUAUAUUCCACUCCUCUCUUGUACACGCGGCUUAUGAGAUGAACGCUCGUCAAGAAGAACGUCCCCUUCAGCAGCAGGAGGAUCCACAGCCCCCCCACAUUAAAGAGGAAGAGGAGGAAGUGUGGAUCAGUCAGGGGGGAGAGUGUCCUGUAGGGCAGGAGGAGGCUGAUGUCAGCAAGUUUCCACUGACUGUUGUCUCUGUGAAGACUGAAGAGCAUGAAGACAAACCACCUGAGUCCUCACAGCUUCAUCACAGUCCAAACGUCUGUGAAGAACAUCUUCUCCCUGAGCAACAGAAGUGGAGCUUCAGGAUGGAGCCACAGCCCUCCCACAUUAAAAAGGAAAAGAAACACCCACUGAUCCCCCAUUUUAAAGCGGAAGAGGAUGACCCACUGACCACUCACAUCAAAGAGGAAGAGGAGGACUCAUUGACCCCCAAUUUUAAAAAGGAAGAGGAGAAGCCACUAAUAACCCAUUUUAAAGAGGAAGAGGGGGACCCACUGACACCCCAUUUUAAAAAGGAAGCGGUGGAUCCACUGAGCCCUCACAUUAAAGAGGAAGAGCCACUGAUCCCUCACAUUAAAGAGGAAGAGGAGGAAGAGGGCAUCAGUCAGCCUAAAUGGUUGGAGGAGUUCCCAGUGACUGGUGUCCCUGUGAAGAGUGAAGAUGAUGAGGUGAAAGGUGAAAGUGAGGAGAGGGGAGGGGGGGAGCCUCCAAGCAGCAGCUCAACACAACACAUGACAACAGAAGCUGAUGGAGACCACUGUGGAGGAUCACAAGCAGACAAGCUCUUAGCUCCACUAUCAGAUAGUGAGGACACAACGUCACACUCUCCUGACACUGAUGAUGAAGACUCUAAAGAUGAUAAGACAUGUCACACUGACAACACUCACUUCACAUCUUCUCACUGUCACAAAACUUUUAAAUACCGUCGUAGUCUGAAAAGACACAUGAGAACACACACUGGAGAAAAACCUUUUUCUUGUUCACUCUGUAGUAAAGGUUUUACACAAAGUCACAAUUUGAAAGUACACAUGAGAACACACACUUGUGAAAAACGUUUUUCCUGUUCAACCUGUGGUAAAGGUUUUACACAAAGUCAGAGUUUGAAAAUACAUAUUAGAACACACACUAGAGAAAAACCUUUUUCUUGUUCACUCUGUAGUAAAGGUUUUACACAAAGUAUCAAUUUGAAGGUACACAUGAGAACACACACCAGUGAAAAACCUUUUUCCUGUUCAAUCUGUGGUAAAGGUUUUAGAGAAAGUCAACAUUUGAAAAGACACAUGAGAACACACACUGGUGAAAAACCUUUUUCAUGUUCAAACUGCGGUAAACAUUUUACUCAGAGGCCAGAUUUAAAAGUACACAUGAGAACACACACUGGAGAAAAACCUUUUUCAUGUUCUAUCUGUGGUAAAGGUUUUACAAGAAGUCAACAUUUGAAAGUACACAUGAGAACACACACUGGAGAAAAACCUUUUUCAUGUUCAAUCUGCGGUAAAGAUUUUACUCGAAGGGAAAAUUUCAAAAAGCACAUGAGAAUACACACUGGAGAAAAACCUUUUCCUGUUCAAUCUGCAGUAAAUAUUUUGCGCAACGACACUAUUUGAAAGAACACGUGAGAACACACACUGGAGAAAAACCUUUUACAUGUUCAGUAUGUUGUAAAAGUUUUUUACAAAGUCAGCAUUUGAAAAGACACAUGAGAAGACACCCAGGAGAGAAAGUGUUGAGUUGCAGUGUGUGUGGUGA